CGCUGUAGAAUUAAGGUGAACAAUGCUGGUGGUUUGCGGCGGGAUGAAAACGGCUCAAAUGGUAUAAGCGCAGAUGCAGAAGUGCUGAAGAAAACAAUGGAUCUGAAUGUGUAUAGUGCUGUAGAACUGGUGCAAUUAGCUCGACAACAUCUUGUAAAAGCUAAAGGAGAAAUAGUCAACGUCUCCAGCAUUGCUGCAUUGCCAAAAGCGACACCGACUUGUCUAUAUUAUGCCAUGGCUAAAGCUGCUAUGGACCAAAUGACUCGUGGACUUGCUGUUGAGCUUAUUGCUGAAGGUGUUCGAGUGAAUAGUGUGAAUCCCGGUGUUGUAGUCACGAAUGUCAUCCAAAAUUCUGGAAAAUCCGAAGAAGACGCAGCUGAGUUCUACAAAAAAUACGAGGAAUCACCGGAUUGUUUGCCAAUCGAAGGAGUUGGGAAACCCGAGGACAUAGCGAGUGUCAUAGCAUUUUUGGCGGAUCGUAGCGCAUCCCGAUACAUCAUCGGACAAACAAUUGUUGCUGAUGGUGGUUCUAUGCUGGUUAUUGCCUCAAACGCAACUGGUGCUAAAAGAGAGUCCAAAUAG